UGCUGCUGUCGCUGCUGCUCUCCGCGCGGGUUGUGGAUGUUGUCGGCUCCGUGUUGUGAUGACAGGAGAAUGUGUGUGUGUCCAGGGCCCAGACGAAUUGGUAGGUAUUCGUCCGACUACCUGCGUUGGGUACCCGGGUGCCUGGUGUUGGUGUGUGGUUCGUUUUUAGGUGGGUCGGCGAGGAGUGAAGACGGGAGAUGGAUCGGGAAGGAGGACGGAGGCGUCCUGGACCCGUAGAUAGCUUUGGAUGCCUUCGUGCAAUCUUGAGGAAGGAACAAAGGGAACUGAUCAAACAAGUGCGAGUCUGAUGCUUUGUGUCUUCUGAGGCAACCGAUUGCUUCAUCGGUUCAAAGAUCGCAGUUGCUGCGGGAUGGCCGGGCAUUUGCAGAAAAUGCUUGAAGAAUCGUAUGGAGUCUUCAUGCGGGGAAUCCCCCCCGUCAGAAGUUCCAGCCUGCCACUCUUCUCUGAUGCCAUGCCAGCACCAACUCAACUGUUUUUUCCUCUCGUCCGUAACUGUGAGCUGAGCAGACUCUAUGGCACUGCUUGUUACUGCCACCACAAACAUCUCUGCUGUCCCUCCUCCUACCUUCCUCAGAGUCGCCUGCGAUACACGCCCCAUCCAGCAUAUGCUACCUUCUGUAGGCCGAAGGAGAACUGGUGGCAGUACACCCAAGGAAGGAGAUAUGCAUCGACACCACAGAAAUUUUACCUCACACCUCCACAGGUCAACAGCAUCCUGAAAGCUAAUGAGUAUAGUUUCAAAGUCCCAGAAUUUGAUGGCAAAAAUGUCAGUUCUGUCCUUGGAUUUGACAGCAAUCAGCUGCCUGCAAAUGCCCCCAUUGAGGACCGAAGAAGUGCAGCCACCUGCCUGCAGACCAGGGGGAUGCUCUUGGGAGUCUUUGAUGGCCAUGCAGGCUGUGCUUGUUCCCAGGCAGUCAGUGAAAGACUCUUCUAUUAUAUCGCAGUCUCUCUGUUACCACACGAGACUCUGCUAGAGAUCGAGAACGCAGUGGAGAGUGGCCGGGCACUGUUACCCAUCCUCCAGUGGCAUAAGCACCCCAACGACUACUUUAGUAAGGAAGCAUCCAAAUUGUACUUCAACAGCCUGAGGACUUACUGGCAAGAGCUGAUAGACCUUAACACUGGUGAGUCCACUGACAUUGAUGUUAAAGAAGCUUUAAUUAAUGCUUUCAAGAGACUUGAUAAUGACAUCUCGUUGGAGGCUCAGGUUGGUGAUCCCAAUUCUUUCCUCAAUUACCUGGUGCUUCGCGUGGCAUUUUCUGGGGCCACCGCUUGUGUGGCCCAUGUGGAUGGCGUUGACCUUCACGUAGCCAAUACCGGCGAUAGCAGAGCCAUGUUGGGGGUGCAAGAAGAGGAUGGCUCCUGGUCAGCAGUUACACUCUCUAAUGACCACAAUGCUCAGAAUGAAAGAGAGCUAGAACGUCUUAAAUUGGAGCAUCCUAAGAACGAGGCCAAGAGUGUGGUGAAACAGGAUCGGCUGCUGGGGUUGCUGAUGCCCUUUAGAGCUUUUGGAGAUGUGAAGUUCAAAUGGAGCAUUGACCUGCAAAAGAGAGUCAUAGAAUCUGGGCCCGACCAGCUGAAUGACAACGAGUACACCAAGUUCAUCCCUCCUAAUUAUCACACGCCUCCUUAUCUCACUGCUGAGCCCGAGGUAACUUACCACCGAUUAAGGCCACAAGACAAGUUUCUAGUGUUGGCCACUGAUGGAUUGUGGGAAACUAUGCACAGGCAGGAUGUGGUUAGGAUUGUGGGCGAGUACCUCACUGGCAUGCACCAUCAGCAGCCAAUAGCAGUCGGUGGCUAUAAGGUGACUCUGGGGCAGAUGCAUGGCCUCCUCACAGAAAGGAGAGCCAAGAUGUCCUCGGUGUUUGAGGACCAGAAUGCAGCAACUCACCUCAUCCGCCACGCAGUAGGCAACAACGAGUUUGGAACUGUCGAUCACGAGCGCCUCUCCAAAAUGCUCAGUCUUCCUGAGGAGCUUGCUCGGAUGUACAGGGAUGACAUCACAAUCAUUGUUGUUCAGUUCAAUUCGCAUGUUGUAGGGGCAUAUCAAAACCAGGAAUAGAGAGUGGAGCGUGCCGAUUUUCAAAUGAGAUAGAUGCAAAGGGCAGAUAGAUUUUUUUUUUUUUAAGAUGCUACUAUAAUAAACAUUUCCAUUGGGCCAUUCUGAGCACGUAGCCAUUUGAUGCUCUAGCUAAUCAGAUGUUGUGGAUCGUGAGGGUCUGGUCCUGCCUGGCAUGGACCUCACAGCACCUGCUCAGGAGACAAGUCAGUUCCUUAGCACAGGUGUCUUGAGAGGUGAGAUGCUUUUCUACUAAUCUGAGGAAAAAAAAUCAAACUCUUAAAGAGGCCAAGAGCUAGAAUCUUGCUGGUGUGUUCUCGUGAUAAAAGGGAAGACGUGUUACUUUGCAUCCUGCAAACCCUUUAUUGCAUGAUUUCCUAGGUAUACAAUCUAUGCAUUAUUCCUAGAAAUUUAUUUUAAUCUCAAGUCGUUUGCAAAUCCAGUACUUUAAGCCAUAAAUGACCAAGAACCAAGCAAUCUGUAUUUGUAAGGUUUUUUUUUUCUUUUUUGGUUAUCUGACAGAAAUGCUUUUUAAAUGGAAAAUCAAUCUAUACUUCCUUCUCCACCCAAUUUCCUAUUGUAAUCGGAACAUUUUCUAUUUUGCCACACACUUGACAGUAAUAGAAGUUUUUAGUUUUAUCUGUUCUUAUACUGAUGUUCAUAAAGUGUUUUGUUUGAUUUGUAGUAAUGAAGAGCUUUAUUCAGUUUAAAAUAAAGACAUCCAAAAUUAAAAGAAGAGACUGAUAUGUUCAAUUAUGGCCAUCUGUAUCCACUAGCACAACAUUCUUAUAUAAUCCUCGCAGGUCUGGCAUGCUUUAAGUGUGUGGUGGGUAGACUGCUGCUGGGAAAUCAUACUUAGUAAUAAUAAGAAUUCUCAUCAUUUGUGAAUUUAAGCAUAAAAUAAGUUUAAGUAAAUUUGAGGAGUAAGAUUUAAUAUUACCCAUCCUGUGUUGAGACAAGUUUUUUUUUUUUCCAACUUAAACAUAGGUCAUUAAAACAUUUGAUUUAAACUGCUAAAUGCUUUAAAAGUAUUGUAGCUUAAGAGAUUAUGUGUUAAAAUCUCUACAUGAGGAAUCCUUAAAGGUAACUAUUGUGCAUGCCUGAUGCUUAAUAGAAUACUUCGCAGCAUCAAGUGUUAUCUACGGCAGCCUCCAUAAUUAUGCGCAGUCCCUUCUAAUAAUGUAUCACAGUCAAUGAAAAUAAUAAAUAUAUUCAGAUUUUUUGGGGAGCUUAUUUGAUAUGCAUCGAAUGGCAUUUUGUUCCUGUGUUUAAUGAUGAUCUGUAUACAGCUGUGCAUAUAUUUCCAUCUCUUUCUCUGGCAUCACUAUUAAAUGGCUGUGACUGUGCUGAUAUUCACAUAGAUUUUAAUGUAAAAUAUGAUCAGCUUUCCGUUGUGUAAUUGGGAAUAUAGGAGUCCUUUCAUAAUCUCAUAGGAUACAGACUAGAUGUUCAAUGACUCCCUGGACUGUGGAUACUGAAUCAAUGUAGUAUUUAUUGGCUGGCAAAUUUAUUCCAGUUGAAAAUAGUCUCAGGAAGAUUGCAGCUCAGAACAUCUUAAUUUUUUUUUUCUGAUGUAUUUUUAUUUGUAUUUUUUGAAAAGUCAGUGUGGAAUUGGUUUUUCCCUGAGCAGUAUUUUGGUGAAAGGCUGUGCUGUGUAUGUGUAAAUAUCCUGACAGAGAAUUCAUUUUUAAUAUGUAGAUGGCAGUAACCCAACCACCUCCAACUACUGUUGGAAUUGGUCUUGAGCAUCACUGCUGAAGAGUUCUCUGUUGUUACAGACUGAAUAAUGUCUUUGUACAAGGGACAAGUGUAAUAGAGGGAAUAUAAAUUUAAUUUCCUGUGGUUAUAACCAAAAUAGUAAUUUUUAUUUCCCAAGAAAUAAGAUCUACAGUCGGAAAGCUGAUCUACAUUGAAUAGAUGUGAAAGUACAAUGUGGACUUUAUAUUGUGGAAAUAAUUAUUAGACAUCUGAAUGUACAAACAUCUAAAAACAGUUGUGAAUUUUUCAUAAUGGGUUGUCACUGUGAUGUGAGUAUAGUAUUAAAGUAAAUGAUACUUGUAAAGUUUCAUGGUAUUUAGUUUUUCUUAAAUUUGUAAAGUUAUUUAAGCUUUCUAAUGUGUAUUCAACUUUUGUAUUUAUAUUUAAUCAGUAGUUCAUGAUAUAUGUAUAAUAUACCUUUAACCAUUAAGUGAAAUGCUGGUAUUUUGAAGGAAAAGCUGUAUUGAUGAAGACAUCUGAAACAAUUUGCAGCCAGUUGGAGACUGGUCAGAACACAGUGACAGUGAAUUAAAGCUUCGUAUCUGCUUUCUGAA